AUGGCUGGACCAAUAGACAAAUAUGUUAGAUUUACAGAUGUUACUGAUGUCAGAGAGAAACUACUACGUUGGACUCAAUUCCUAAUUGUUCUUCUCAUUGCAUGGCUCCCCCAGACAGAGUUAUUACCACAACUUAAAUUACAAAUAUUGAUUAUAAGGAAAGUUCUGAGAUGUUUUAAACCUUUACAUCAUGUAAAUAUUGCUUAUCACAAUUAUAAGACAACCGGAAAUUCAUUAAUAAUAUUGAAAAACAUUUUUUUUACGUUGUACUUGGGUUUAGAUCAGAUAGUAUUGCUACGUAUGAUAAAUAUAAUACCUACAAACUCUUUCACAUUACAACAGGCUCCUAAAUUUGCGAACCUGUUUUGGUUGUCUGCGUUAAGUGUUGAUAUUAGAAUAAAUUUGGAAAGCAUAAAGAACAUUGAAGAUGAAGUAAGACCAAAUGUGAAGAACGAAAACAAGAGCUAUCAUAGGAGACAAACAAUUGAAAAACGGAAUAAUGCCAUAAGAAAAAUAAUAUGGGAUGUGAUGGAUUCAUAUAUUGUUUCCACAUACCUUCAAUAUAUGAAACCAUACAGUUCCAUUGUAGGUAUCUUUGGCAUGUUCACAUCGACGCUAGCGCUCCACGAUAUCUGGAAGAAAUGUUAA